GGGGUGACGUGUGCGGAGCUGGAGCCCAGGCAGCAGCAGAAGUUCGUUAUUAAUGUCAGGACUUCCUCCUGUCUGUUAGUCACCAGUCUACUGCCGGAGGCUCCCAACGGUUUUACACGGAUAUUCCAUCCUGUCGAAAUGAAACGGAACUUUUACGGUACAAAACAGAACUGUUGAUUCUAGUGGAUCCGUAACCUUCUUUACCAGAGACCACGAUGUGAAUAAAUAGUCACUUGCAGGAUUUAUUGGUGGAUUUUUGUGGUUACUGAAAGGCGGGACGUGGUCUGACCAUACUGGGGCGGAGGAGCGGUUGGUCAACCAUGCUGUGGCCAGGUUUAGCGCACUGGGUAGCGGCUGUGUUUCUCUGUAGGGUCGCCUCGGCGCAGUACACCAGCGACCAGUGCAGCUGGAGAGGAAGUGGUCUGACCCAUGAGUCUCACUCCCGUGAUGUGGAGCAGGUAUACCUGCGUUGCUCCCAGGGCAGUCUAGAGUGGCUCUAUCCUACUGGGGCCCUCAUCGUCAACCUGCGGCCCAACACGGAGCCCACGUCUGGGGCUUCCCCCGGCCUGCACGCCUGCAUCAAGCCCCAGACAGACUCCCGCGGAUCACACCUCUACCUGGAGAGAGCUGGACAGCUCCGCCUGCUGAUGUCUGAGACAGAGCAGGCGCAUGGCAGGGUGCAGUGUUUCUCCCUGACAGAGGGGGCGCUGUUCAUAGAGGCAGUGGGCCAGCAGGACAUCAGCAAGAGGAUCACAGUGUUUCAGUAUGAACUGGUGGCCAGCCACGGACCUGGAGCUCACCUGUACCCACACCUCAACACUGGCACUGCCUCCUGUACACCCUGCACAGAUGACCAGAUCCUGAUGGCGGUAUGCACCAGCGACUUUGCGGGUCGUGGCAGUAUCCGUGGCGUUGACACGCCCUCGUCAUCAGACCACUCCUCCGUUGCCGUGAUGCUAAGCCGCCUGUUCCAUCAGAAGAGCGGAGUGUUCUCUUGGGGCGGAGCCAGAGGAAAGGGGUGGUCCGGACGUCUGAACACGCCCCUGCGGUGCUGGCUGCAGCCGAGGGAGAAGGGGGAGUUCCUGUUCACGGGGGCAGUGCGGUUCGGAGAGGCGUGGCUUGGCUGCUCCCCGCACUACCGCCACUUUCUGAAGCUCUACCGGACCGCCCUGGAGACAGGAAGUAACCCCUGUCACAUGAACAUGGACACAGACUGAGGCACGCCCCUUCCGCCCAGGUGACAACCAAUCAGGGAACAGGAUUGGGAAACAAACUCAGCGAAUCAGGGACAUAUCAGAGAGAGGGCUGGGUCGCUGGCUGGACUGACAGGGCCCUGAUCCAAUCAGAGGAGGGAGGUCGUAAAGGGGCGGAAUCUUUGAUAUGCCUGAGAGGUGAUUGGACGUGGUCCCAAGCCCUGCUAACCGAUUGGCUGAAGCUCUUACAGUUGCCUAGCAGCAAGGAUAGUUGGCCUGUGUCUGAACAGUUCUAAAGCCAUCUGUCGUCAUAGAAUGUCUUAAGACGCUGGUGUCUGUGUGUGUGUGUGUGUCUGUGUGUGUGUGUGUGUGUGUGUGUGUGUGUGUGUGUGUGUGUGUGUGUGUGUGUGUGUGUGUGUCUGUGUGUGUGUGUGUGUUGGAAAUAGAUGUAAAUAUGAUCAUUGUUGUAAUGAAAGUUUGUUUUGUGAAAAGCUUUAUGUUUACAGGUUGUCUUCUGACAGAAGUGUAUAAUGGGUUCCUGCACAGCGUGUGUCUUCGCGUGUUUGUGUGUGUCUUAGCAUGCUCUUGUGUGUCUUAGCGUGUUCGUGUGUGUCUUAGCGUACUCUUGUGUGUGUUUGUGUGUGCGCGCUAGGGAGUUUGUGAACGUGUAUGUACUAGCCUGUGAAUGUGUGUGUGCGCUAGCGUGUGUGGUUCUGCACUAGCUUGUGUGAAGGUGUGUGUGUGAAGGUGUGUGUGAAAGUGUGUGUGUGUGAACGUGUGUGUGUGCGACUGUGUUAAAGUACAAUAGCACUCUGGCUCUCUGUUCUAGGGAAUAAACUAUCUUCCUGGAACAAGU